CUCACUCCUCUUUCUCCAUUCACUGAGGAAGCUCUGAGCAGAAGCCCCUCUCCUCCUUGAAUGGACUCCAUCUCUCCGAACUAAACAAUCAUUUACCGCUGCUGUGGAGGGAAACAGUGAAGAUCACAGCCGAUCAUUGCGUUUAAUCUGCCUUUAUUUCUCCUCCUCGUGCUGCUUCUGCUGCUGAGAAAAGUUGACUUAGCUGUGUCGCCAUGAACUUCUGUUGGACUUAAGGAGUUUCCAGAUCAGCUGCGUGGUGUUGUAAACAACUGAUGGGCAAAAACUGAACCAGAGAAGACUUGAAACAGUUCUUACAGUAAGAGAAAGACUUUCUAGACUCUCAAGGAUUUAAAGGUUGGUGGCUGAUUUGGGUUUGGGUCAGCCAGACACACAGACAGGUACAGGGAGACAGAUCAAAUUUAAAAAUAGCCUACCUUUGUCCUAGUUUUGUCCCCUGGACCACAAUGGGUUCAGACGUCCGUGACUUGAACUCCCUGCUGCCCCCGCUGCCAGCGGGCCCCAGUCCCGGCUGCCCGGCCCUGCCCGUCAGCACGGCCCCUCAGUGGGCUCCCGUCCUGGACUUCCACACCGCCGCCUCGCCUUACUCCUCCCUGGCCGCCCCCCACACCUCCCUGGGGCCACACUCCUUCAUCAAGCAGGAGCCCAGCUGGGGGGCCGCCAGCGACACCCUCCACCACGACGCCGACCCCCACUGCGGCCUCAGCGCCUUCACCGUCCACUUUUCUGGGCAGUUCACCGGGACCGGGGCCUGCAGGUACGGGGCAUUCGGGGCUCCGACGCCGGCCACCAGUCAACCGCCAUCUGUGACCGCCCCGCACCACCACCAGCCACCCAGCAGGAUGUUCAGCAACCCACCGUACCUGACCAACUGCAUGGACACACAGCAGGCAGCCCGCAACCAGACAGGUUACAGUGCGGUUGCAUUCGAUGGAGCCGGUAAUUACGGUCACACUCCGACACACCACAGCUCGCAGUUCUCCAACCAUUCCUUCAAACAUGAAGACGUUUUAACUCAGCAAAGCACUAUGGCUGAGCAGCAGUAUCCCGUACCUCCUCCUGUCUAUGGAUGCCACACACCUUCAGACAGCUGUACAGGCAGCCAGGCUCUGCUGCUGAGGAACCCUUACAACAGCGGAGAAAAUUUAUAUCAAAUGACCCCUCAGUUGGAGUGUGUGGCAUGGAACCCUGUCAAUACACUGGCCUCCACCAUAAAGAGCCAUGCAACAGGCUACGACAGUGACCCCAACACCCCCAUGUUGUACAGCUGCAGCACACAGUACCGCAUACACACACAUGGAGUCGGAGUCUUCAGGGGCCUACAGGAUGUGCGGCGGGUGCCCAGCAUCGCUCCAGCCAUAGUGCGGUCAGAGAGCAGCGAGAAGCGUCCGUUCAUGUGUGCCUACCCAGGAUGCAACAAACGUUACUUCAAGCUGUCUCAUCUGCAGAUGCACAGUCGCAAACACACAGGGGAGAAACCCUACCAGUGUGAGUUCACAGACUGUGGCCGGAGGUUUUCUCGCUCUGACCAGCUCAAAAGACACCAGAGGAGACACACAGGAGUUAAACCCUUCCAAUGCGAGACGUGUCAGAGAAAGUUCUCUCGGUCUGACCACCUUAAGACACACACCCGGACUCAUACAGGUAAAACAAGUGAGAAGCCAUUUAACUGCCGGUGGCCGAACUGUCAGAAGAAGUUUGCCCGGAGCGAUGAGUUGGUGCGACACCACAACAUGCACCAGAGGAACCUCACCAAGCUCCAGCUGGCCAUCUGAAUCAUUUUUUGGCCCGUAUCACAGUUUGAAAUGUAAACAUCUGGGUUACAUCUGCUUACGUAUAUUUCAGCCCAGUCGCACAGCAGUUUGUGAAAUAGUCGCGGAAUUUGUUUUGUAUUUGAUUUGUGUACAUAGACAUGAAUUUCACAUUUUAUUCGUGAUGGUCAGCAUUAAAUCAAUUUGUGUGUAAUCGACGUAAUUGUGAAUCAGGAAAUAUA